GAAAAUAACAAAAAUAGAGGAUAUAUUAUUAUUGUUGUUUGGCACUUUACAAAUAUUAGAAGAAAAUAUGAAAAUAAAUUAAAAUUGUAGUUGGUAGAUCUUGGAAUUGAGCAAACAGUGCGAAUCCCAAUAACAAAGCAUUUGAUGCCUUUCUUCUACCACGCUUUUAAAUUCCCAAAAUUUUAUCAACUAGGUCUUUAAUGAGCAACUAGUCUCCUCGUUGUCAAAAGUCGAAACUAUUUGAUUAGAUUCAUGCUAUUUUUUUUCUUGCUUAUAUGCAAAUUUUACCUUAGCAUCCCAAUAAUUGUGGAAUAAACAUAUCUGCUCGUACAAUGCUUCAAUUAUAUGCGAUAUUAGGGUUUCCCAAAAAUUGCAAUUAAUAUAUGCGCAAUUCUAAGGAAGCACUAGAACAUUGGUCCAAGAUCUGGGCUGAUAGUGGGCCGUUCAUAUAACACCCCUCUUUGCUUAAUCACUCUUUAUCAUAAUUGAUUCUCUAAGCAUCAUUAAUGUUUGAUUCGUACAAGACAAAUCACUAAAGAUUCCCGAGUUAGCAUAAGCAUACGCCACACGACACCAUUCUUCCUCUAGACAGAAAAGAAUAACACAACACACUCGUACAGGCUUCGUCUUGCCUCGUCUUUAAAACAUGUACACGUAUGUAGGUAUAAAUGCAUAUGUUUACACCCUAAUCCAAAUAAAAGACUAAAUUUCACGUCAAAACAUGGCAUCUAAUCCGUAUCGUCCGAGAGUCAUUGUAAAUGGAACAAGAAGAACAAGAACGUUCCAUUACUUCUAUUGCCGUCAUUGUAGCCGUACCAUAAGGCUCCGAAACUAUGGUCUAUAUGGUUCUUUAUGUCCUUUCUGCUCUAGAGAGAUCAAUCUUCACGACGAGCUUGACAUUAUGAGGCCUAACCGAUCUUUUUGGGAUACCGAUACCGAUUGGAUCACUCUCCAUCUUAUCAACUCAUCAAGAAGUAACCGGUUUAACCAUGAACUAGUUAAUGAUACCGAUGAUGACUUCGUUGAUGCCAUGCCUAGCGAACGUGUUGGUCCACCACCGGCCUCUUUAUCGGCCAUCGAAGAUUUAAAGACGGUGACAAUCGCGGAAGAAGAUUUGGCAAAAGAGAAGGUUUGUGCGAUAUGCAAAGAGGAGUUUGAAGUUGGAGAGGAAGGCAAAGAGUUGAAAUGUUUGCAUUUGUACCAUACGAGCUGCAUUGUGUCUUGGUUGAAUAUUCAUAAUACUUGUCCCAUUUGUCGCUUUGAGGUUCGCUUAGGCGUUUCGGGAAGUGACAUUGACGGAGGAGGGUCUCGCCAUGUCGACCAUGAUAGAUCAAAUCGGUCGUCUGGGCCUAGGGUUUGUUCUUUGUGGCCUCUCCGAGUGAUGUUUGAUUGGGUACAUAGUCUUUUCGUUAAGAUUCCUCCUCCUGAUCUAACUUUCAUGGCUAUACUAUUAUGCUUUCAUGUUUUUUAAUCAUACAUAUUAAUUCCUAAGAAUAAACUUAUAAGAAUAACGAACAACUGACAUAAAUUUAAAAGAAUUGCAUACAAGGUUAAUAUUGUAUUUAAGUAGGAAUUACAAACUAUUAUGAGAGAAAGGCGAAGAGCGGCGUUUGAACAUUUUGCAAAACAAAGCUUGGCUUGAACAUGUUUAUGUAAUAAUAAUCGAAUGACCAUUAUCUUUGAUUCAUUUGCAAGUUGUAACUGGAAUAAAUAAAAAUCGUGUUGAUAAUUAA